AUGCCGGCCAAGUACCUGGGCCUGGGGGCGUUGGCGGAGGACAGGCGCCCGGACCUUCACCGCCAGGUGGGCUGCGUCACCGGGAUCUUGCAGGCCUUCGACCGCCGCCACCCUCUCGCCUCCUCCCACAAGAGGCUCCUUCCUCCCCCAACAGCAGGCCAUGCACUAUCCAGCAGCCCAAGCAAAGGGGGAGAGUGCACAAGAUAUUCACCCCAGAUUGUUCUGGAGAGGAACUCGAGUAAAACAUGGGCUGAUAGCCAAAGAGCACCAGCAACUGAACUGUCUCAAACCUCAUAUUCGUCAUCACCCUCUUCGUCAUUCUCGUCCCUUGAUGGCAACAGGUCAACACAACAAGACCUAUCAUCCACUGACCGAAUGCUAUUUCCAGAGAGGCCGUUCAAGAGCUCACCGAAGCUCAAGAGUUCUUUUGACAGUGACAACAGACUCGACUACCCUGAUGAUGCACCUACCAAGUCCAAGAACAUACCCAUAGUUCAAUCCAGCCUGCCAACUCUUGGUAUAAGAAAUCUUGUGAAGGAUUCAAUCUACAAGGAUAACCGUGAAUUGUCAGUCAGAGUUUGCACUGAAGAAGAAGUAAAAGAUCACCCAUCCAACUGUGGAGAUCAACCUAGGCAAUUGAAUGGGCCUCUCCGUGACAGUACACAAGGAAAAAGCAAGGGUCUCGUGGACGUCAACGAAUCACUUCGAGUGCUAGCCAAGCUCAGGGAAGCUUCGUGGAGUCCCCCUGAAUCUGCCCAUCAUGCAAGACUUUCAUAUGAUGCUCCUUGGUUCUCAUACGAUGGGAAGGAAGCAGCAUCAAAACUGAGGGAGGUACCAAGGUUGUCACUGGACAUCAAGGACGGUCACCUUUGGAAUCGUGAAAUUGACUUUAGAUCAAACCCAAGCUUGAGUUCUGCAGACAGAAGCAGCAACACUGUUACUGGGUCCAAUGCAGCUUUCGAGACCCAGCAGGAACAGCCUGCCUGCAAGCGGCUUCCUAGCGUUGUUGCAAAGCUCAUGGGUUUGGAAGAGUUGCCUGAGCAUAAUCAAAGUACAGCAUCAUCACAUGCAUGCAAAACCGUUCAAGAGAGCAAGCAAGAGGCCAUGUUGAACCCCUUGAGCAUCUCAUCCCACAACGAGCAUGCUCUUCGACAACAAAGGAAUCAUGAUACAACUGUAAGAAAUCUACCCAACUCUAAGUUUCCUGUUGAAACUGCACCAUGGAAGCAACAAGAAAGGAUUGUACUUCCUCGAAAACUGCCAAAGGGAUCAAAAGGAGCCCAUGCAAGAGAACAACCUGCUGCAUCAGUCUUCAGUGACAUAGAGAAGGGGCUCAAGGAUCUUGAUUUUCAACAAUCAAACAAGGACCUUAGAGCGCUUAAACAGAUUUUGGAUUCCAUGCAAGCAAAAGGACUAUUGGAAAACAAGAAACGGGAGGAAGCAUCUAUGCCAAAGUUAUAUGAUGGAAACCAUGAUGGCCAAGAGACAGCCAGUGUGAACAUGAGACUGAACAGUAACACCAACAACAUGUGGAUGCCUGAAGAGAGCAAUGCUGAAAGCUCUUUCAAAUCGCCUAUUGUGAUCAUGAAACCUUCAAAAUCUGCAAACCUUUUCAGCGAAAUGGAUUCUUCUGUCUUCCCAUUAGGGGGUUCAUCUGAUCCCCCACAUUCGCAAACAAGCAAUAGCACUGAUAGAAGGAAAGCUUCAACGAUCGAUAGAGCAGCUAAAGAGCAACAUGCGAAAUUUAGUCAAAAGGUGCCUACUUCUCAACCCCUUGUUUCUUAUGACAGGAGAUCGUAUGGAAGGAAUGACGAUAGCAGCAACAACCAAAAAUCUAGUUCACUGCUGGUUACUGAGAGCUCAUCCAGAAGACAGCAGCUGCCAAGAGACAGUAACAUAAGUAUGCAAAAGAAUAAAAACUCCGCUAGCCCAAGGUUACUACAGAGAAAACUUGAUUCAGAGCGGAGGGCUAGACCACCUAUCCCUUCUGCUGAGUCUAACAAAAGCCAAAGGCAAUCUGGAGAUAGGAAUAAUUCAGAAACAGUGUCACCCCGAAGCAAAUUCAGAAGGAAACUUGUGCGUCCACAAGAAGGUGAUAAUGGCAUGCCCAAUGGAUUCAACAACAGGACAAGGAGCCUGAAUCAGCAUGGCAAUGAUAUGUCCACAAGGUCAGAUGACAGUAUAAGUGUUGCUUCAGAGCUGGAUAUCAUAAGCAAUGACAGAUCUACAGAAGUUAAUAUUUCUAACUUUGAGCAAGGCAUUGGAAGUCCAUCUGGAAGGAACCCACAAAAAGUGAAAACUUCAUAUGAUGCAAGCAAGGAUGUGCCAUCUGUAGACCCUUCGGCUACUAUUUCGGAACGGCCCAGUCCAGUUUCUGUGUUGGACUCUUCAUUUGAUCAGGAGGAUUUGUUCCCUACUAGCAGGACUCCAAAUUCACUUGCUGUUGAUGAUGAGCGCCAAACAUUAGAGGAACCCUGGAAACCUUCUGAUACAAAGCCAAUAGAGGUUGCUAUGCAGUCCAAGAACAAUAAACUCGCCAAUGUUGCGAGCUUGCUUGAGAAGCUCCAGCAGCUUAGCGUGAACAAGGAUGAGGAUGCACCUCCGGUUGACCAUAUUGCUUUCUUGUGUGAGACAGAAAGCCCAGACCACCGCUACGUGUCUGAGAUACUGCUGGCCUCGGGUCUUCUGAUGAAAGACCUAGGUUCAGGACAGGCAGGUCUCCAGCUCCACUCUUCUGGCUACCCGAUCAACCCUGACUUGUUCCACGUGUUGGAGCAAAGAAAGGCAGGAUGGGUCAGUAUACCUGAUAGCAUCCAUCAGAGCAGAAGCGGCGCAAAAUCUGAUCCCAAGAGAGCGCACCGGAAGCUGAUGUUUGACACUGUGAAUGAGCUUCUGCUUCAGAAGUUUGAGAAGGAAACCACAGUUUAUUCGGUCAGUUCCUUCACCAGAGCGAAGGAUCCACCUGCAAAGACUACUAGCGGGCAGCAACUGCUGAAGUUCAUAUCCUCAGGAAUCGAAGACCUGGACAUGGAGCGAUCGUCCAUCUGGCAGAAGGAAGGCAGCGUGAUACCUGAUGCAGAGAUCCUGCAGAGGCUGCAGGGAUGGACGAGCUUCAGCAAGGAGCUCCCGGGGAUGGUGCUGGAGAUCGAAAGGUUGAUAUUCAAGGAGCUGGUGGACGAGGUGGUGCAUGGGGAGUCUGCUGACGGCCUGGAGAUGAAGGCGGCAGGCAGGAGGAGAAGGCGGCUCUUUGCUUGA